GCGGGCGCAUGCGCCUUGAGGUCCGUUCCGUGCCCUUGUGCGUCCUGCGGCUGCCUCUCGGUCGGCGUCCCGGAGAGGGGAAAUGUUGGCGGCCGCGCUGGGCCGGGCUCGGGCCGGGCUCAGAGUUGCAGGACGUUCUGCAGUGUUGUUACAAACUCGCUUUGAAGGAAGUGCUAGUGUUGAGACACGACCUACUGUUAGGCCAAAGGAUGAAGUAACUCUCAAACAGCUGUCUGCCUUUGGAGAAUAUGUGGCUGAAAUUCUGCCCAAGUAUGUCCAACAAGUCCAGGUGACAUGUUUCAAUGAGUUGGAAAUCUUAAUUCACCCAGAUGGAGUCAUUCCAGUUCUAAGCUUUCUAAAAGAUCACACAAAUGCCCAGUUUAAAUCCAUGGCUGACCUCACAGCUGUUGAUGUUCCAUCUCGACACAACCGUUUUGAGAUUGUUUACAAUCUCUUAUCCCUACGCUACAACUCCCGGAUUCGUGUGAAAACAUAUACUGAUGAAUUGACACCUAUUGAUUCAGCAGUCCCAGUACACCAAGCAGCGAACUGGUAUGAAAGAGAGGUUUGGGACAUGUAUGGAGUUUUCUUUGCCAACCACCCUGACCUGAGGCGAAUCCUGACAGACUAUGGGUUUGAGGGGCAUCCUUUCCGGAAGGACUUCCCACUGUCUGGAUACGUGGAGGUUAGAUAUGAUGAUGAGGUGAAACGUGUCGUGGCUGAACCUGUGGAGCUGGCUCAGGAGUUCCGCAAAUUCGACCUGAACAGUCCCUGGGAGACUUUCCCUGCCUACCGUGAAGCUCCAGAAACCUUGAAGAUAGAACCAGGAGAGAAAAAAGAAGAUGUAAAAUAGUUAUCGCAAGAAGGAGAGACUAUGCCCUUCUUGUUUAACUUCAAUAUUUAUAUAUAAUAAAGAAAAACAAAAAAAACUA